GAACAUUGUAGUUCGCAACAGCUUCCGCCUCCGCGUCACAUGACGCUGUGCUCGCUCCCGGAGGUCUCGCGGUGACAGCGCGGAUCAUCGGCAGUAGAGAAAGGAUUUUGCAAAUGGAGGUGGCAGAAAUGAUCAAUCUGUGAACGACAAAAAGCAGUUACAUCUAGCCAUGUCAGACUCUCUGUAUGAGAAGUUUUUAGCCCCGGAGGAGCCUUUCCCUCUCCUCUCCCAGAGGGCCAACCUCAGUGAUGUGGGAACCCUGGACGUCAGUGACUUUGGCUGUCAACUCUCGUCUUGUCACAGAACAGAUCCUCUACAUCGCUUCCACAGUAACAGGUGGAACCUUACUUCCUGUGGGACCAGUGUUGCCAGCUCAGAGUGCAGCGAAGAGCUCUUCUCCUCUGUGUCUGUGGGGGAUCAGGAUGACUGCUACUCCCUUCUGGAUGACCAAGAACUAACAUCUCUGGACCUGUUUCCAGAGGGCAGCGUUUGCAGUGAUGUCUCCUCCUCCAUCAGCACCUACUGGGAUUGGUCCGACAGCGAGUUUGAGUGGCAGUUGCCAGGAAGUGACAUCGCCAGCGGCAGCGAUGUCCUUUCUGACAUCAUCCCGAGCGUGCCGAGUUCACCCUGUCUGUUUUCCAAGAGGAAGCCCAAGCCCCACCCUCAUCGCAACCUGGAUGAGUUACCAUGGAGUGCCAUGACCAACGACGAACAAGUGGAGUACAUUGAGUACCUGAGUCGGAAGGUCAGCACAGAGAUGGGCCUGAGGGAGCAGCUGGACAUCAUCAAGAUCAUAGACCCCUGCGCUCAAAUCUCUCCCACCGACAGCGAGUUCAUCAUAGAGCUCAACUGUCUCACAGACGAGAAGCUCAAGCAGGUGCGUAACUACAUCAGAGAGCACAGCCCCAGGCAGCGGGCCAGCAGCACCAGAGAGGGCUGGAAGAGGAGCAGCCACAGCAGCGCCAGCACCGGCGGGGUCAGCGCAGCCAGCAGCAGCAACGCCAGCAUCAUCAGCUCCAAUAGCUCCUCCACUGGCUCCACAAACUCCAACUCUGUAGCAGGUGGUCCAGCAUCAGCCUGUAGUGGAGGCAGCGUUGCCAACAUUAGCAGAGCUCACAGCGAUGGCAACCUUUCCAGUGCUGCAGAACGUAUACGAGACUCUAAAAAACGUUCCAAGCAGCGCAAGCUCCAGCAGAAAGCCCUCCGGAAGCGGCAGCUGAAAGAGCAGCGACAGGCCCGCAAGGAGCGUCUGAGCGGACUGUUUCUGAACGAGGAGGUGCUGGCGCUGCGAGUGACGGAGGAGGACGACCACAGUGAUGACCUGGACAUACUGAUGUGACACCAGUGAAUCAAUCAGUGCUCCCUCUACGCCUGUUCCCCCACCACGCAGCCACUGCCAUAGAGCUCAUAGACCACGCUACUCCACAUCACUGCAUGCAUUUGGCUUUGUGUAAUGUCUGAUAGGCAGCAAUAGCUUGUAGUAGCCUCUGACAUAUCGCUUGCUAAACUAGUGCAAUACCGCUAGUGCUAAAACUGACAGCCGCUACAAUCACUACGCUAGCUAUAGGAAUAUCGCUAAAAUACUGCUAAUGCUUUGAUUAGAUGCUGACCUCAGUCCGGCCUGCUUAUAGACAGUUCUAACGCCGCAACAACCUAGACACUCGCAGAUACACACAAAUAUACCGUUAUUUCAGCUUAAUACAGUUAACAAGAGGAUUGCUUCUAGAUGCUGUAACAGCAUACAUCCACUGCUACUAAUACAGCCACCACUGGCAGAAGGACAGAUCAGGCAAGAGGAGCAGAGUUUGGCCACAUUAUGCAGAUGAAAAUCAGGUGUUUAUUUCUUCAUAACAUCCCCAGGGGGAACUAUAGACCCUUUUUGUGUCGACGUCAUGAUUACAUCAUGUUGUUAGCUGGAGGCAACACAACGGAAAGACUGGAAGCAAACACCGGCAGUGGGCUAAAGUUACACUUGGAAAAUAUCAUCUUGCUGUAUGCUUGGGUGGCACAAUUGAGAUAUCACAUGACAUACAUUUGAGAUGACAAACUGUGAUUUGAGGCUCUAGCGAGCUACAAUAUUGUCAAAUCCUUUCAGAGAUGGAGAGAAAAUGUUGCUAAUAGUUAGUUGUCAGUCUCCCGACAAGCUAGCUAGCUAACUAGCCAGCCGCCUACACUUCCAUCAUGUUAACUAACAGAAAAGGGGUCUAUAUGCAAGGUGGUUGGAUUUUACAUUCAUGCUCUACAGGGCUAUAUCUUCACUGGCCAAACUCUGUUCAUCUGCAGCUCUGGUUUAAACUGCUGAAGGUGACGUUACAGCACGAAUAUAGAGAUCUGACUGGGGAAACAGUAUUCAGAUUAAAACCUUGCAUUGAUAAGCAAUUUCUCUACAUGGUGAAUGAAGUGUAAUUUCAGGGGGGGAAGUCAUUGACACUCCUGAAAACCAUCCUCCAAAGCCGACUAAUACAUGUGAGAUUAAGAGGUUCCUGAUGUGGAAGUGAAAGGAAGUGAGCUGGUCUGUCUUUCUACCCGCUGAGUGUCGCGGUCCCUUUUCACUCUGAAGGCUUAGAGGGAGCACUGAAUCUGCAUGUUUAAAAAACCGUCACCCACACCGACUCCUCCGUGUGGUCCAAUAACUAACAAAGUCGCUUCAUUAUUUGCAUACACCUGUUUAAAAAAUAGCAUAUGUGUUGUAAAUAAAUGAUAAAUAACAGCAUAUUUACCGCUUGCUUUCAGGUUUUCCUUGGUGAUAAAGGUUUGAUUUAAAGUUUUUUUCCCCCUCUAUGUGUAUAUACUUAUAUAUAUGUUAUAAGGUAGUGAACUAAUUGGUUAUCGUAGCUUAAAUGCUGUCUAUUGCCACUGGUUCUUCGCUAUAUUUUGAGUCUUAUUUUGAAGCAUUUAACUGUUCUGUCACAAGUACUUGAGUUUCAUCGUCUCUUUGUUUCUCUGCCAGCACUCCUACUGUAUAUUUUGACUUAAAUAAUCACAGAUCUUCUCCAUCAUUUACUUCUGUGUACGUUUUUCUUUCUUUAAAUGAUUUGACCACCAUGAUAACUUUCAAGCAUUCGAGCAUCGCUAAAGUCUUUAUAAGAAGUUUUUACAGAUCAUAUUGUGUCUGUCCACGUACUGUAUGGCUGGUUUGGUUUUGGCGCUGAACUUGAGCUGGUUUCUUAAGCAUGUGCAUCUAACGUUGAGCCAUUAAGUUUAAGUUAAAAGAUUGAAAAUUUGCAACAAAGUGUUGAAAAAGCACCUCAUCUUUUUUUGUGGAGUCAUAGCUACCUACCAUGACGUUUUCAUAUUUGCAACCAGAGAUAUUGUUUUUGUUUUUUUUCUCCCUGUCUACCGUGUAAGAAACACUUUCCCGCAGCUUCUCAGCUGUAACGUGAUGAACCACUGCAGCUAUCGGCUGUCAUUUCUAAUACUUUGUGUACUGAGCUUUGGCUCUUGUCUCUGUCUCAUGUAUAUUAAUUGCAGCAAUUAUGUUAAAUGCAGCUUUAUGUAUUCUGUAGUUAUGAAUUAGUAAAACUCUAUUUUGAAAAAUAAGAUAAUUUUGAAAAAAAAAAUUAAAAUAAGCCAGUGUGAUGCAACAAAGGUAUUUGUGUAUAUAAGGUACCAUGUAAUUUCUGAUAAUGAAUGAACUGAUUAAAUAUGGUUUAAAAAAAAAAAGUUUGAGUGUAAACUGAACUUUUUGUUUUUCCCUCAGAAUUAUUUCACACCUGUUGAAGAUUUUAACCAUGAGCUACAAUAAUAACAGUGUUAUUACAUGUAUUAGUUCCUAACCAACCACUAUGGAGCAGUGUUGCCUGUAGUUGUCCCUUGUGUUAUCACUGGCUGAAAUAUAUGGAAUACCAGAGAUGCCACGUUGAUGCUUCAGGCAGGACCGUGUGCAGUCCGCUCAAUGGUUACGAUCGACUGUAAACUCGUGAAAUAAACUUACUUUGUUGCAUCCUA